GCGAUUCGUGAUCGGUGCCACUGCCAUGUAUGUACGUACGAGUACGUACAUACAUGCGUAUGUACAUCAAUGUAAAUUAGUAAAUUAGGAAAUUACUUCCUCUUAUGUUAAGGUGGAACCUGGUGGAACCAACGAGAUCUCGUAUCGUUCAAAGUAUCAGCCGACUGGGAACGUAUCUGUCGAAAAAUACGGGGUGACACGUCGAAAAGUACUGCGUAUCUAUAAAGUAGAAGUGGUUGGAUUCUAAUGUCAAUUAUUAGAGAUGCAAGAUGGAGCAGCUAGAAGUAACAGGGAUUAUACUAAGAUUGUGCCUAUUCAACAUUCUAAUGAUAAAUUGGAACAGCGCAACUGCGAUAGCUCAUAAGGAUCAGUCUCAAAGUCUGAUUAACCUAGGUGGUCAAGGCUUAUAUAAUGUCAGUGAUGAUGUAGUAAUACUCAAUGCCACAAAUUUCAAAACAAGUGUUUACGAGAGCACCCGGAGUUGGCUCGUUGAGUUUUAUAACAGUUGGUGCGGCUUUUGUUACAGAUUCGCACCGACGUGGAAGGCUUUGGCAAGUGAUGUUUUAUCUUGGAAUGACAUUGUUGUCGUUUCGGCUAUAGAUUGUGCCGAUGAUGACAACAAUCCGAUCUGUCGUGAGUAUGAGAUCAUGCACUAUCCAAUGUUAAAAUAUUUCUCUAUAAACGCACACUCGCCGUCCUUGGGUAUAGUGAUAGAAAAAGGGGACAGCGUUGAUUCAGUGAGAAGUAAUUUAAUUAAUAGGCUUGAAACGGAACAACAGGAAGGACGAGGAUCUACAUGGCCCAACAUUGCACCAUAUAGGAAUGUGGAAAUAACGGACAUAUGGAAAACAGCAUCUAGCAAUGUAAAACAUUUCUUCCUGAUUUUCGAGAGCACGGAUUCACACUUGGGCGCGGAGGUCAUUCUUGAUUUACAUAAAAUCAGCAGCUUGCAGAUACGUAGAGUGACUUCCGACAACGAACUAUUGUGCGUAAUGAAUAAAGUUACCAAGUUCCCAACUUUGAUAGCCUUUGGACGCAAUGAAUCACAGAGGAUUAUCAGCGUGAGAAUACCGACGAGGCAGGGAAUUCGGCAAGCUAUCAAGGAUUAUGUAAUCGCGAGAGGAGUGAAUAUCGAUGAGAUGAUUACGACAGUGUCCCAUAAUACUAUGCAUGUUGUGGAAAUCACACAUCAAACGACAAUCGCAACGAUUAUAAAGAAUCACCAAGUGGUAGAGGAACAAUUACAAUCGUCGAAAAACAUCAAUGAUUAUUUGUAUCAAAUUGAUCUAGAGAAUGCGCUACGUUAUUCAAUCAAUCACGAGAUAUCAUUGAUGAAGUCAAUAGAUGGUGAGAAAAUGAAGGCAUUACGGAAAUAUCUUGUGGUGCUAGCGACGUAUUUCCCUCUGCGACGUAAUAACGUAUAUUUGGAGGUGAUACGCGACGUUGUCGAGAAGAAGAAUACUAUGACCGGCGAAGAGUUCAGCCAACUAGCGAAGACGACGGAGGAAGAAAUGUCGCCGGUAUACUCUGGAGCGCCCCGUCAAUGGAUAGGAUGUAAGGGAAGUACGGAUUCAUAUCGUGGAUAUCCUUGCGGAUUGUGGAUCAUGUUUCACAUGCUGACUGUAAAUUUCGCGUUAGAACGCAACAAAGAUGUUACUCAGACUUUCUCACGGAAUCCUACGGCGGUGCUACGGGCGAUGCAUGGCUAUAUUGGAACCUUCUUCGGUUGCGCCGACUGUGCUACGCAUUUUCUGGAGAUGGCCGACAAAAACAAGAUAUUCGACGUGCGUAGCAAAGAUGAAGCAGUGCUCUGGUUGUGGCAGGCACACAAUCGGGUAAACGCCAGAUUGUCAGGCGACGAUACGGAGGAUCCCGAGCACAAAAAGAUACAAUAUCCCGCGGCUGAGCACUGCCCGGUAUGCAGACACGUUAACAAUAGCUGGAAUGAGGAGGAGGUUUUACGUUAUCUAAAAGUCAAAUAUGACUAUAAUAGCAUCAAGUUCGAUGAAAUCAGCGCUUCUGAUGAAGUAGAUAUGACUAAUGGCAACGACUCGAGAAUGAGGCUAGAAAGACUCGCCAAGGAGACGAAGCGCGCCACGGCUUUUGGUUGGGACUUGAACAUAUUCGAUAUCAGCAUCUGCGUGGUGUUGUACGUUACCUCUGCUGCAAUACUCGUAUUAGUAUGCAUCAAGUUCGCCGUUAAAAGGACAUAUAAAAAAAAGAGUCACAUUAAUCUACUGUCCAAAGUAUAAUCUUUUUUUCUUAUACUUUGCACUCUAUGCGUAUAAUCGUAUAACGUAUUUUUGGACCAGCAAGUAUCACUCAGACACUCAAGUUCCAAGAUAACUCUUAAAUUUCAAAUUCUUAGGUUGUGAUAUCCUCCAGCUAUAAUAAUCAUUCCAACGGCAACGAAAGUCGAAUUUGCAUUCGAGCGAAUGCAAUUCAAGAAUUUUUCUGCAUUAAACUGAUAGCGCCUAUAGCGAAACAAAUAGUAUCGAUGAUAAGAAACCAAUCAAAUCAAAAUGGAUUUAAGCUCUAAAAUAAUUCAAAAAACUCUCUCUCUCUCUCUCUC